CUCGCCCAGCAUGGCCCUCUGGGUGUUCUGCAACCGCUGUUUCCAGGCGCCGCACCGGAAGUCGUCCUUCAGCCUGACCAGCUGCGGGCACGUGUACUGCGAAGCCUGCCUCGGCAAAGGCAAAAAGGAUGAAUGCAUGAUUUGUAAAGUUCCUUGUCGUACGGUUUUACUCACAAAACAUACUGACUCCAGCAUCCAGGCACUCUUCAUGGGCAUAGAUGGCCUGUGUAAGAAGUACUCCCAGGACACCACCCAGGUUUCAGAGUUCCAAGACAAGCACAGAAGGAGGCUGCUUGCCUUCUAUCAAGAAAAGAUCUCACAGCUGGAAGAGUCACUCAGGAAAUCAAUGCUGCAGCUGGAACGGCUGCAGAGUAUGAAAUCAUCACAACGAACAGCUUUCAGUACCAUGAAGAAUUCAGUUGGAACAAAGCCAGAUGGACAUGUGUGGCUGCCACGCAAUGUAUCAGCUCCUGACAGGGUGGAGUUGAUGGAGAUUGACCUUAGUCCUUCCCCAGUAAGGAAACCUGAGGUCACUGUGGGCCCUGUGAGAAUCUCUGUGAUUAGUCCACCUCAGGAUGGACGGAUGGGCAGUGUUUCCUACUGGGGCCCUCAGCAUCCAGCCCUCACACCCAGCCCAACGCCCAGCCAGAUGAACAUGUCGAAGGCUCUCAGGGUCCCACCACUGCAGAUCCACUACAAGCUUCCAUCACCAGCUCCAGUGUCCCAGCUACCUGGCAGAGCAGGGAGAGGCGGCUCUCCCAGCCCUGGGAGCACCCAGGAUGAGCCCCGGCCACCCAUCAGCAUCCCAGGGCUGCUGCAGAGGCAGAGCACAGGCAGGGCCAUCCACAGAGCAUUCAGCGAGUGCCACCGUGAGCAUGCUGCCCAGACCACACAGAGGCGGAGAGCCAAAGGCCUGCAGACGCUCAGCCGGAGCCUGUCCCCUCAGGGUGCCCUUACCGAGAAGGGCAGGCUCUGA